GAUGCGCAGCAGCUGUGACUGAGAACAGCUCAGGACACAUCACGCACCUCCAUUCCUCGUGGCUUUUGUUGCAUGAGCACUGACAGUUUUAGUUGAAGGAAAGUUUUUUUUUUGUUUGUUUGUUUGUUUGUUUUUUUCCCUCCAGUGACGCUGCUUUUUCGCACCCGCGUCUUCCUCAGAGGGGGGGGGGGGUAUAUUGUUCGUGGCGCAGCGCGACAGUGCGGUGUCCGAUUACAAACCGUGCGCCGUGGAGCCACCGGCACAGAGCGCUUCUCCGUGGGGCACAAAUAGAACAUAGGGCUCCGGAGGGACGAGAGCGCAGAGGAAUCUGUGCAGAGACACGGAGUUUUACUGAGGUUGAGUUGUGACUAGAGCACAGCAGAAGGGAGGAUAUUCCGUCUCCGGUUCCUCUUUAUUUUUUGUUUUUCCUUACCACUCUUCUCACCGGGACAAGAUACGCAGCUUCGCUCUUUACUAGAUGAACGGGAGUUGGACACCUCACUUGGUGUGUCUCCCCAAUGUUCUUGGCCCGUGAGGCCUGAGGAGAAGUGAGCCAAGCCCAGGCCCCCAUGGGGCGCCCUGUUACCCAGCAUGCACUGCUGCUGCUGCAGUGCGUGCUGGUCCUGCGGUCUGGAUUUGUGGCCGGGAGGAGAGGGCCGGUGCUGCUGCCUGAAUCACCAUGUCACAAGAUCGAGCACCCAAUCAUACCACACUCAGAGAUGGAGCCAUGGAUCUUCAGGUUCAAGGCAGAGGGCACGGUGGAUUACUCACAGCUGACCUUUGACCCGGGCCAAAAUGAACUGAUCGUCGGUGCCAGAAAUCACCUCUUCAGACUCAAUCUGGAAGACCUGACACUGAUCCAGGAGGCUGAGUGGCAUUGUGAUGAGUUCACCAAGGGAGCCUGCUUCAGCCGUGGAAAAUCUGAGGAGGAGUGCCAGAACUACAUCAGGGUGCUGCUGGUGAACGGGAACAGGCUGUUUACCUGUGGAACCAAUGCCUUUACCCCAAUCUGCACCAACCGAACGCUGACAAAUCUGACAGAGAUCCACGAUCAGAUCAGUGGAAUGGCCCGGUGUCCCUACAACCCCCUCCACAACUCCACCGCCCUCAUCACCUCCAGUGGAGAGCUUUACGCGGCCACGGCCAUGGACUUCUCUGGGCGAGACCCCGCCAUCUACCGCAGCCUGGGCGGUUUGCCACCACUGCGCACGGCACAGUACAACUCCAAGUGGCUGAACGAACCAAACUUCGUCUCCUCUUACGAUAUCGGAAACUUCACCUACUUCUUCUUCCGGGAAAACGCUGUGGAGCACGAUUGUGGCCGAACAGUGUUUUCCCGUGCAGGACGCGUUUGCAAGAAUGACAUCGGGGGUCGCUUCCUCCUGGAGGACACUUGGACCACCUUUAUGAAAGCUAGACUCAACUGCUCCAGGCCAGGAGAAAUCCCUUUCAACUACAAUGAACUGCAGGGCACGUUCUACCUGCCAGAGUUGGAGCUGCUUUAUGGCAUUUUUACUACCAAUGUAAAUAGCAUUGCUGCAUCUGCGGUGUGUGCCUUCAAUCUCAGUGCCAUAUCACAGGUUUUCAAUGGGCCCUUCAAGUACCAGGAGAACUCCCGGUCUGCCUGGCUACCCUACCCCAACCCCAACCCAGACUUCCAGUGUGGCACCAUUGACUCUGGCUCCUAUGUAAACCUGACCGAAAGAAACCUGCAGGACGCUCAGAAAUUUUUAUUGAUGCACGAGGUGGUCCAACCUGUGGUUCCAGUGCCCUACUUCAUGGAAGACAAUGUCCGCUUCACUCAUGUGGCAGUGGAUGUGGUACAAGGCAAAGACACACUGUUUCACAUCAUUUACUUGGCCACAGAUUAUGGUACUAUCAGAAAAGUACUCUCCCCUCUCAAUCAGUCUAUGGGGAGCUGCCUUUUGGAGGAGAUUGAGAUUUUCCCGCCUAGGAAGAGGCAGCCGAUCCGAAGCCUGCUGAUCUUGCACAGCCGCAGCGAGCUUUAUGUGGGUGUAAGAGACCAGGUCAUCAAGAUCCCACUCAAGAGAUGCAGCUACCAUAAGAGCAGAGAAGCAUGUGUAGGAGCCAGAGAUCCAUACUGCGGUUGGGACAUGCUGCUGAAGAAAUGCACCACCCUGGAGGAAAGUGUCAGGAUGAGCCAGUGGGAGCAGAGCAUCACUAAGUGCCCUGUCCGUAAUGUGACGGUCGAUGGGGGUUUCGGAGCCUGGUCGGGCUGGUCUACUUGCAGCCAUAAUGAUGGAGGAAGCGCCGGGUCCUGUCUGUGUCGAACACGAGCCUGUGAUAGCCCCGCCCCUCAGUGCGGUGGCCAGACAUGCUAUGGGAUCAGUGUCGAGGUCGCUAACUGCUCAAGAAACGGAGCUUGGACUCCUUGGACAUCCUGGUCUCCCUGUAGCACCAGCUGUGGAAUUGGCUUCCAGGUUCGCCAGCGGUCCUGUAGUAAUCCAACCCCUCGCCACGGCGGACGAGUAUGUGUCGGCCAGAACCGGGAGGAGAGGUACUGCAAUGAACACCUGCCCUGCCCACCACAUGUGUAUUGGUCUGCUUGGUCGGCAUGGGAACGCUGCACCGUGCCUUGUGGCGGAGGCAUCCAGUCACGAAGGCGAACCUGUGAGAAUGGCAACGACUGUCCAGGGUGUGGUCAGGAGUACCAGUCGUGCAACACUCUUCCCUGCCCCGACCUGAAGAAGACCACACCCUGGACGCCGUGGACGCCCGUCAACAUUUCGGACAACGGCGGCCACUACGAGCAGCGUUUCCGCUACACGUGCAAGGCCCGCAUCCCAGACCCAAGUCUCUUAGAAGUGGGCAGACAGAGGAUCGAGAUGCGCUACUGCUCCAGUGAUGGAUCCACUGGCUGCUCCACUGACGGUGAGGUUCUUCGUCUAGGGAGGAUCUCAGGUCACACGGUGAAUGGUGGCUGGUCGGCCUGGAGCUCCUGGUCACAGUGCAGUAGGGACUGCAGUCGUGGAAUCCGUAGUCGAAAGAGGACAUGCAGUAACCCAGAACCCAAGUAUGGAGGUCAGACCUGCCUGGGGCCGGCACAGGAGUACCAGGAAUGUAACAUCACUCCUUGUCCAGUGGACGGCAGCUGGUCAUGUUGGUCUUCAUGGUCCAAGUGUUCUGUGACGUGUGGAGGAGGACACUACAUGAGGACACGAACCUGCAGCAACCCCCCACCAGCUUAUGGAGGGGACAUCUGCCUGGGCUUGCACACUGAAGAAGCACUAUGCAACACUCAGGCCUGUCCAGAGAGUUGGUCCAGCUGGUCUGAGUGGUCCCACUGUGACUCCAACGGGGCCCAGCUGCGUGUGCGUCACUGUGAUGUCCUGUUUCCCACUGGAAACCAGUGCUCUGGAAACAGCAGCGAGACCAGGCCAUGCUCUCCUGACUCCAAUUUUAUACCAGAAGUCUCCAUUGCACGCUCAAGUCAGGAGGAGAGGCGAUGCGGAGAUUUCAACCUCUUCCACAUGAUCGCCGUGGGGCUCAGCAGUUCCAUCCUCGGCUGCCUGGUUACCCUGCUGGUGUACUCUUACUGCCAGCGUUAUCAGCAGCAGUCCCACGACGCCACCGUCAUCCACCCCAUCUCUGCCGCGCCACUCAACACCAGCAUCACCAAUCACAUCAAUAAACUGGACAAAUACGACUCCGUGGAAGCCAUUAAGGCCUUCAACAAAAACAAUCUGAUCCUGGAGGAAAGAAAUAAGUACUUCAACCCCCAGCUUGCCGGGAAAACCUAUACCAACGCAUACUUCACUGACCUCAACACCUAUGAUGAUUAUUAACCCUAAAUUCAAGAGUCCAGACUCCAUACCAUAGUUGGGACAGCAAUGCUAUCAUCCAUGUUGACUGUACUCUUUUCUGUGUGCUUUGUAUUGAGAUUCGUGACACCAUGAGUGGCAUAGUCCCACUCUGAGACUCUAUGGCAGCUCGUAUAUAAUGAAAACACAGACACAUAACGUUGCCAACAGAGGGAAACACCCACUUUCUCUCAGGUGCCUUGGGGUACACUUGGAAAGUACAUUUUUGCAGGCAAAGCUUGCCUUGACUGUCUCAAAUAAAUGGACAACUGGAAAUCUGUUUUCCCACCAUGGACAAAAGGAUAAAAAAAAGACAAUUUAAAGAUACAGGGGGAAACGAUCCCUUUUAACUUUCCUGUGAAGCCUCUAAACCAGACCUGUAUUUGUAACAAGGGAAGUUACCACAAAACCCCUUUGCAUGACUUCAUCUGAUGUGUUUUCUCUGCUGUUUUGUUUUGUUUUGCAUGAUUGAUCGCAUUCCAAAGUUUGGGGAUUUGCAAGCAGCUUUUGCUGGUCAGAGGUUCAGGACUUGGUUUUUGCUUGUCGAGUCAUAAGGCUGUGGUGCUGCCUGGUGGCUUUUACCUUUAACUGCUACAGCAAUCUCCUGAUGGAUCAAUAUCCACCCCAGUCCUUGAAUCAGGAUGUAGAUAUUUGAAGUCUGUGGUCAGGUAUGGUCAUGUUUUUGUUCUUUUUCCGUUACAGGCUAGCAGUGAUUAACCUAUUGUUUCUUUUUCCUUUUUUUCUUCCUUUUAAAGUUACAUAUUUUUUGUACAGAAGUUUUAGUUGAAAUCCCAUGUCUGUAGUUUUUUCUAAAUACAUUUAUUCAAUGUCUCCAGUGUUUAAAAAAUAAAACAUUUCUUCUAAAGAGAAAAAAAAAGUUUAUGUGCAUUCUGACAAAUAAUUGGGAGUAUUCAUAUCAGCCUGCAUCAAGUUGUGUCUUUGUCACCGUACUUUUAUAUUUUUUGUAAAGAUUAAAAAAAAAAAGGUUUUUGAAUUUU